AUGGGUAAUGUGACAUCAAACGUGGCGGCCAAGUUUGCUUUCUUCCCUCCAGAGCCUCCAACGUACGGUGUAACGACGGACGAAGAGACAGGGAAGCUGGUCUUGUCCAGAGUCUCGGCCGACAAGAACGUGGAAGUCCAUCAACUCAUCACAAAGUCUGGUAACAAAGUCGUUGCCACGUUCUGGAGACACCCUUUUGCGAGAUUCACGAUUCUUUAUUCUCAUGGUAACGCGGCUGAUCUUGGUCAAAUGGUUGAGCUUUUCAUCGAGCUACGUGCUCAUCUCCGCGUCAACAUCAUGAGUUAUGACUAUUCAGGAUAUGGAGCUUCAACAGGAAAGCCAUCUGAGUUCAACACAUAUUAUGACAUUGAGGCAGUGUACAACUGCUUGAGAAGCGAUUAUGGGAUCAAACAAGAGGAGAUGAUUCUGUACGGACAGUCUGUAGGAAGUGGGCCAACGCUGCACAUGGCUUCAAGGUUGAAGAGGCUGAGAGGAGUUGUUCUCCACAGCGCCAUUCUCUCUGGCAUUAGAGUCUUGUAUCCUGUCAAAAUGACACUCUGGUUCGAUAUCUACAAAAACAUAGACAAGAUUCGCCAUGUCAGCUCCCAAGUUCUUGUCAUACAUGGAACAAAGGAUGAGAUUGUGGAUUUUUCUCAUGGAAAGAGAUUGUGGGAGCUGGCUAAGGAGAAGUAUGAUCCGUUAUGGGUGAAAGGAGGAGGGCAUUGCAACCUUGAGACUUACCCUGAGUACAUCAAGCACCUGCGCAAGUACAUAAACGCAAUGGAGAAACUCUCUCUAAACAAUCCACCACCUAAAGAGCUAACUAAUGAGCCUAGUAUCACUGAGACUAAGCACAACCGGUGCUUGAGAUUUAAGAAAAGUGUGAUACGAGUCAACACAAGACACAGGGUCACAGAGAAUGUGGGAAGGGAGAUCAUCUAG